CGGAAUCCUUUAACUCCAAAAGCUUGGCCCUGCAAGCUCAGAAAAAGAUCCUGAGCAAAAUGGCCACCAAGGCAGUGGCCAAUAUGCUCAUUGACGACACAAGUAGUGACAUCCUGGAUGAACUGUACAAAGUAACCAGAGAUUACACAAAUGACAAGAAAGAGGCCCACAAAGUCUUAAAGGAUUUGAUCAAGAUUGCUUUAAAAAUCGGAAUCCUCUACAGGAAUAACCAGUUCAACCAGGACGAAGUGGAGACAGUGGAUAAAUUCAAGAAGAAAUUAAAUCAGGCGGCCAUGACGGCAGUCAGUUUCUAUGAGGUUGAGUUCACCUUCGACAGAAACAUUCUGGCGGAACUGCUGACUGAAUGCAAGGAUUUGCUGCACGUUCUAAUCGAGCGGCACCUCACUCCCAAAUCCCACGGACGCAUCGAUCACGUUUUCAGACUCUUCGCAGACGUGGAGUUUCUGUCUGAGUUGUACAAUCCUGAUGGAGUUUACAAAGAGUAUCUGCAGAAAAUCUGCGAGGGGGUCAACAAACUGCUGGAUGAAGGCAUCGUCUGAACUUUGCAGCCUGAACAAAAGGACAGCAUUUGAACCCCAUCCUCCCCCCACCCCCUCCACUUGUUAUCAAGGGACACCAUGUACCAUCAUCGCAGGGUUUGGUGGCUGAUUCUCAUUGUUUGUAUUUGAGUGCUACAGAGAUUCCUUUUGUCUGAUUCUUAUACUGUAAGUGUGUGCAUUUGAAAACAAACCAGAUUGUGAAUCAAUUUUGUCGUUAUGGAGGAUGAGUAACUUAUCUGCUGUGACAAUGCAUGCUAAAGAGCUUUUUGUAAAAGUUGAAAUUACAUUUUCACUUGCACAAGUUGGGGUGUUUAUAGUACUGUUAUCUUCAGAUGUUAAAAGUGUUUUCCAGCACUUUGAAGUAACAAUGAGCUAUUAUGAUCACAAAAAUUAUAACAAUGCAGCAGUUCCAGCUAAACAACCCACAAAAUAUUGCUGUAGCACUGCUUAAAAUGCAACAGUAAUUUAGGUCAAACAUAUUCGUAGGUUAAGCAGAGUCAAAAUAGCUUACAGCUUAGAAGGCCAUUCACCCCAUGGUACCUGUGCCACUUCUCUGAAAGAAUCAUUACCCUGCCGCCCCCAUAAUGUCAUUCUUCCUAUCCAUUCCUCCCUCUCAUGUAUUGAUGCAGAUACCUUUUAAAAGGUAUUACAGAUUGUGCUUCCACCACAGAUUGAUAGGAUGUUCUUACAACCCUUUUUUGAAAAAAAUGCAGACUCACCAGUCAAUCCACAGUGUCUGUCUCAGAUUCCAAGGUAUCUUCAAUGCUUGGUGGAAAGGGAGAACGAAAUACAGACUGUUUUCUAACUCAAAGGCAGACAUUGCAAAGCCAGGACAAGAAUAAUCCCGCCAUGGAUUGCAAAUUUCAUAAGAAUUGUCAGUCAUCUUUUCAGGAAAUUAGCAGCCACAUCAUUUCCUGUUAACUACUUAUUUUUGUUUAAGUAACAAUAUAACCUCCAGCCCCAUUGAAGCACAGCAGCUGGUAGAUGGUCUGUCACUGAAAUAACUCCACAGAAGCCAGUAUCUCGUCACCAAGUCACCCUUCAUUUACAUGUAGAGAGUCCUUGAC